UAUGCGCCAUUGGCUCAUCCUGCAGUUCUUAGUGUAGAUUCUUUGCUGCUGGAUUGAAUGUUUUUAUUUUACAGACAUGCACAUACAUGUACAUCACACAUGUGUUUUGAGGAUCUACACAUUAAAUUAUCACUUGCAAAUCGGUUCGGCCGCAUAGAUCAGAAAAAGAUAGUUAAGUCCUGGACAGGGAGAGAAUAAAUGAACAGGAAUGAAGGGGCAGAAAGGUGACCCUGGGGGUCUUCGGUGCCAGUAUGGUGACGGUGCUGCCCACGGCAGGAACCUUAAUCAGGAGAGAGAGACAGAGGCUCCCCCGCGGCGGGCACUCACUCCCCUGUGUUUGCCUGCCCUGCUGCAUGUGACCGACCAGUGAGCGCCCAGGCAGCCGCAGCCACAGCUGUGACGAGGCAGCCGCAGCCCUGCCAGCCCCCGCCCUGUCUCAUUGAGCAGGGAGCUAGCAGAGGAGCCAGGCGCCUCCCCGAAUGGGCUCUCCACCGCUCUGCUCUGACUCCUAGGAGCUGGAAGACAGGAUGGAAGCCCGCGGAGAGCAUCAAAGUAUGCAGGCGCUGUGAGAGGGCCAGGGGAGACCGUGGCGAGGGCUCCCUCCCACACUGAAAUGCUUUCUGGACAAGUUGCCCUGAUUCUCCUCCUGUUUCGCUCAAAUGAAAGGAGCCAGCAAGGACCAUCCUGAGUGUUCCGAGAAACCUCUCUGUGGUUGCUCCUUUCCCAGGGCACAAGCUGUCAGCUGACCUUUCCACAGGAAUCUCAGCCCAGCCGAGGAGAUGGUGCUUAAUAAAACAAAACAAACCAAACAGGUCCUGCUGUCUGAAUGGGUGGUGUAGCUUGCUUGCUGUCUUCUCUGCCUGUGACAUUUCGGAAUGUGGAAUGUCUGCACAAACUUAAAACAAGAAUACAUUGAAAUCUCCCUGGAUUAGGCCAAAGGAAAAGAAGUUUUCUGCCAGAAAGGAGGAAAGGAGAGUUGGUAAUUUAUCCAUAAGCCAGGACCUGGCCGAUCGGUAUCUUGGAGUUGUAGGAAUCAGGACUUCAAGGUAACACAUAAACCAAAAUGAGGAGAGAUGGCAAGACCCCGCCCACAGGCGGGGUGUAAAACACCUGCACCUGGUUUGGAACUCGGGGACUGAAUGAUGCCUGAAGACCGGAAUUCUGGGGGACGACCCUCAGGUACCCUAGCUCCAACCACCUUCAUACCCAAAACUACGUACAGAAGAAUCAAACGGUGCUUUAGUUUUCGAAAAGGCAUCUUUGGGCAGAAGCUGGAGGACACCGUCCGCUAUGAGAAGCGGUAUGGGAACCGCCUGGCCCCGAUGCUGGUGGAGCAGUGCGUGGACUUCAUCCGGCAGCGGGGGCUGCAGGAGGAGGGCCUCUUCCGGCUGCCCGGCCAGGCCAACCUGGUCAAGGAGCUGCAGGAUGCCUUCGACUGCGGGGAGAAGCCGUCCUUCGACAGCAACACGGACGUGCACACGGUGGCAUCGCUUCUUAAGCUGUAUCUCCGCGAACUCCCAGAGCCGGUGAUUCCUUAUGCGAAGUAUGAAGACUUUUUGUCCUGUGCCAAACUGCUCAGCAAGGAAGAAGACGCGGGAGUUAAGGAAUUAGCAAAGCAAGUGAAGAGUUUGCCAGUAGUUAAUUACAACCUCCUCAAGUACAUUUGCAGGUUCUUGGACGAAGUGCAGUCCUAUUCUGGAGUGAACAAAAUGAGCGUGCAGAACUUGGCCACUGUGUUUGGCCCCAAUAUCCUGCGUCCCAAGGUGGAGGAUCCCUUAACCAUCAUGGAAGGCACCGUAGUGGUCCAGCAGUUGAUGUCAGUGAUGAUCAGCAGACAGGACUGCCUCUUCCCCAGAGAUGCAGAGUUGCAGAGCGUGUCCCAGGACGGAGUGAGCAACAACAACCAUGAUGUUCAGAAGAAAGCUACCACGGGUCAGUUACAGAACAAGGCAAACAACAACACCAAGGACAGCCCGGGGAGGCAGUGCUCCUGGGACACGUCUGAGUCUCCCCAGAGAAGCAGCAUGGAUGGUGGGUCCCCCACAGCUCUGCCAGGUAGCAAAACCAACAGCCCAAGGAACAGCAUCCACAAGCUGGACGUGUCUAGGAGUCCCCCGCUCAUGGUCAAGAAGAACCCUGCCUUUAGUAAGGGGAGCGGGAUAGUCACCAACGGGUCCUUCAGCAGCAGUAACGCCGAAGGUCUGGAGAAAGCUCAAACCACACCUAACGGCAGCUUGCAAGCCAGAAGGACCUCUUCGCUGAAGGGGCCUGGCACCAAAAUGGGCACGCACAGUGUGCAGAAUGGAACGGUGCGUAUGGGCAUCCUGAACCCCGACAUGCUCGGGAAUCCCGUGAAUGGUCGCAGCAUGAGUUGGCUGCCCAAUGGCUAUGUGACCCUGAGGGACAACAAGCAGAAGGAGCAAGCUGGAGAGUCGGCCCAGCACAACAGGCUUUCCACCUAUGACAAUGUCCACCAGCAGUUCUCCGUGAUGAACCCAGAUGACAAGCAGAGUGUGGACAGUGCCACGUGGUCCACUUCCUCCUGUGAAAUCUCCCUCCCCGAGAACUCCAACUCCUGCCGCUCCUCCACCACCACCUGCCCGGAGCAAGACUUUUACGGGGGGAACUUUGAGGAUCCUGUUCUGGAUGGGCUGCCCCAGGAUAACAUUUCACACCCUGGGGACUAUGAAAGCAAAAGUGACCACAGGAGUGUGGGAGGUCGAAGUAGUCGUGCCACCAGCAGCAGUGACAACAGUGAGACAUUUGUGGGUAACAAUACCAGCAACCACAGUGCCCUGCACAGUUUAGUCUCCAGCCUGAAACAGGAAAUGACCAAACAGAAGAUAGAGUAUGAGACCAGGAUAAAGAGCUUAGAACAGCGGAAUUUGACUUUGGAAACAGAAAUGAUGAGCCUCCACGACGAACUGGAUCAAGAAAGGAAAAAGUUCACCAUGAUUGAAAUCAAGAUGCGAAAUGCCGAGCGGGCAAAAGAGGAUGCCGAGAAAAGAAACGCCAUGCUGCAGAAGGAGAUGGAGCAGUUCUUCUCCACGUUCGGGGAGCUGACGGUGGAACCCAGGAGACCCGAGCGAGGAAACACGAUAUGGAUCCAGUGAGCCUGCUUCCGCCACUGCCUCGCGGGCUCCGGAGAGGACUGUGGGGCCGCUGGUGGGAGGCGGCGGGGAGCCGGUGACUGGUCACCUGGCUGUGAGAGCCCUGUGGGUGUGAGACCUCAUUUACAGCCAUUCGCCAUCCGUGUCCGCAGCGUGUACCAAAGUUAUACCAUGGCGCGUCAUGCUACUGUCAAGUGUUACAACUGGAGACGUGUACAUAGCAUAGUUUUUAAAAGUAAACUAAAAAUAAGAAGCUUAUCUCAGAAUUAUUUUAUUGCAAGUCUUGUAUUUAAAUGUUAAAUCCAUAGGUGGUUGCAAUUUAGCUUGCUCUCAAGCUUUACCCCUUGCACUUAACAUAAGCUAUUUUUGGCAUUAUCAUCCUCUUUAUUUUAUAGAUCAAUAUUUUUAUUUCCCCUUUUGCUGAGGAGAUGAGAAGAAAGAUAUAUAUAGAGAGAUACAGAUAUAUAUGAGAUGAGUUGCUAAAAUCUAAAGAUUCUUUUGUGGCUGUCCUCUUCGUGCCAACAGACCUUGCUAUGACCAAAAAGCGAAAUGUAAAUACUUUUAUAAAAUACAGGAGAACCUCAAGGUACCUUUGGGUUGCUCUUUGACUUCUCCCCUUGGCACUAAGGCUCGUUUUGUUUCAGGAGGUGAGAGACUGUGAGGACGUCCCCUCUCCAGGGCCCGUCCACCGUUCCAGGUCCACGUGAGUGUCUCCUAUGCAAGAGGCACCUUAUAGGGAACAUGCAAAGGAUAGCGUUUAAGCAGUUGCACCGUGGCUUCCUGUCUGCUUCCCAAGAAUCCCUGUAACUGCUGGGUGGUUACUGGAGGAAGCCUAUCUUCUGCUCGGGCACUGGGAGACAAUGCUUGCUAACCCAUGAGCACCCGUGCUGUCACACAGACCUCCCCCCUCCCCAACAAUUGCACUUUGGAAUGCCAGCGGUGAAUAGUGUGUCCCCCACAGCAAAACCACUAAAUUAGGUGCCACGUGGUGACACCGUCUCCUGCUCAGGCUGUUGGCAUCUGGGAUUCUUUCUGCACCACAGCUGGCAAAGGCAGUUUGUAGCAAGAUAUGAGAGAAGGGACCAGGCGGAAGUUUGGAACAGACAACUCUUCUGCUUCUAAUUUUGUCCAUAUCAUUUUUCUCUUUUGAAAACACACUCAUUCGUGUUCAAACAUGAAUGCUCACAUGUCCAGUUUUGGCAAGUAUGUGAUCUUCAGUAAUGUUACCUUUUCAGAAAAAUUCAGGGUUCUCUUGAGCUGUUGUUCUAGGGGAAUGAGUCUCUUCACACUUCAAUAAGGCAAUGAUUAUGAGAAGCCAGGUGAAUAAAUCUCAUGCAAGAAAAUAAGUCACAAAAGGCAAAUCAAAAAUAAAGACUGAGUUUAUGGGA